CAGCAGACCGAGCCUAUUGCAGCUUUAAAUAGUCCAGCAUUCCUUGCGGUGUCCCAGUUCCUCUGUCAUGGAUUCACCAGGAAUGGGGAGAGGGUCGUUUUCCGCAGUAUAAUGGAAACACCGCAAGGGCUGCAGCACAGGACAACUUAAAACUUUCCGGAGACGAACCGAACGGAUGUGAUAUCACGGCAGAGACGACCAAUCACCGGCCUUGGAGAGCCCUUCCUGACCCGGCGUUUCCUGUUUUCCUCUCCCAGUAAGGUAGCUGACAGGACCAGUCCCCUACGCCGCCAUCAGAGGAGCCAUCCUACCAUGGGCCCCGUCAUGGACUGGUGACAUGGAGCUGAAGGUUUGGGUGGACGGGGUGCAGAGGGUGGUCUGCGGGGUCACCGAGGCCACCUCCUGCCACGACGUGGUCAUCGCCCUCGCCCAGGCCAUAGGCCGCACUGGGAGAUACACUCUAGUGGAGAAGUGGAGGGACUCCGAGCGCCUGCUGGCCCCCCACGAGAGCCCCGUGUCCUCCCUCAACACCUGGGGCCAGUAUGCCGGGGACGUCCAGCUCAUCCUGCUCCGCACGGGGCCCUCCCUCACAGAGCGGGGCCCCUCAGAAGGCCCCCCUCUGAGGGGCCCCGAGCGGGGGCCACUCCGCCAGAGCCUCCCGCCGCUGGCUAAGCUCCGCCCCCCCAACGAGCGCUCCAUGCGCCGACGCGAGCCGCGCCGCAAGUCGCUGACCUUCAGCGGGGGCCCCAGGGGCCUGAGGGACAUCCUGAGUGGAGGCAGGCCCGGGGAGGCGGAGGCCAAGAGGAGGCUGCUCCUGGGGGCCGGCGGCGGCGGGGGCCAGCCGCAGACGGCCGGGCCCCUGGGGGCCCUCUGGGCCUGCCGCGUGGAGGAGCUGGUGCGGUUGGUGGGGCUCCAGGGGGAGACGCUGAGCCGGCUGGAGCAGAGGCUGGCCUCCCACGAGGCGGAGCUCCAGGGCUGGGGGGAGCGAGGGGGCCACGGCGGGGACAGAGACGGUGGAGGAGGGCUGACGGAGGAGAUCCUGAGGCUGGAGAGACGUCUGAGGAAGAACAAGGUGGAGGUGGAGGAAGAGGACUUCUGGGCGAGCGAGCUGCAGAUUGAGCUGGAGAACGAGCGGCAGCUGGAGGAGCGGCUGCAGGAGCUGCGGCGGCGGCUGCUGGGCUGUGAGCGGGACGUGGGGGAGAAGAUGGGGCUGGUGGGGUGUGUUGAAGCCGGCCUGGAGGAGGAGAGGCAGCAGCGGGAGCGGCAGGAGAGCCAGAGGCUGAGCGAGGCCGAGGCCCGGGCCCAGGCCCUCAGGGCCCGCGCCGACCUCAAGGCCCAGGACCGCCAGGCCCUCCAGCUGGAGAGCAGCUGCCGCGCGGUGGACCGCUCUCUGGGCCAGAGCAGCAGGAGGCUCCAGGACAUGCAGCAGGACCUGGAGCAGCUCACCAAGGAGCUGCGGCAGGUCAACCUGCAGCAGUUCAUCCAGCAGACGGGCACCAAGGUCACCGUACUGCCAGCGGAGCUCGGGGACCCACCGGCCCCUGGGAGCCCGCCGGGCCCCGGCGACCGGCCCGACCCCCCGGCCCCCGGCCACAGCAUCGAGUUGGGAGCUCUCUGUGGUUCCCUGAAGCGUCCCCUGUACUCCCACCCAGUACCCGGUCGCCUCCGGGUCCUGCACAGCCCUCUGAAGUCUGGUCUGAACCCCGAAGGGAUCUAUGUCUGAGGCCCGGCCCGCAGUGUGUGGGAACAGCAUCCGCCCACGUCUCUUCUCAACUCCCCCAAUGCCAGAACCCCUUACGAGACUCUUGGUCCAACAUACCUCAGUCCCUCUCCUAUGCACCGAUCUGCUCCCUCAGCCCCUCAUGCCCCUACCCACUGGGACCUGGAACAGGCUCAGCUGAUGAUGGGUAGGCUGAUGUUUUAUGAAAGCUCCUCCGCAGGGGGGUUAGAAAACAACCGCAUGACGAUGAGACGGCAGUGCUCUGCAUUGCUUUGUCCGCAGCAUGAAUGUGGAUCUCUUGGAAGUGUGUGUUUUGGAGUUGCACCGGCUUUCCAAACUUUUCCACACGCCGUAGUUCCCAGUGGUGGUUUUAGGCACGGUCGAAGCGGCAUUAUUUCAUGACACGAGCACUUAAAAAAAAUAUUAUCAUGCGCCGCAAAGCGGUUUCCUAUGAUCUAUCAUAUCACUGUGUUGGGAAUUGGCAUAUUGGUGCCCCCUCCGUUUGCAGGCGGCCCUGCUUGCUGAGAAGGUGCCGUGCACAGCAGCUGUGUGAGAAGGAGAAGGGGGUGCGGGGGACAUGUCACCUCUGCGUCUUCCCAAAUGGAACAGACAUGGGGGGGAACGGGGGAUCCACUGUCCGCGGAUUGAAAUCCUUAUUGAAGCCUGCAGGGUUAUGCGUUAACCAUACGGAGGAACUCGAUCGCUGAGCUGCCCUGCCCCAACAUUGCAUGAGACUUUAAACUCAUUUACAAUCGCCGCCCACCAUUAUCCGAAAUUUGAUGUCAACAGACCAAAAAUUUUCGGAAAGCCUACAGAAACUAUAGAUAGUUAAUGUGACAAUCACAUUAUUAAAAAAGACUCGGAGCAAUGAUUUAUUAACUAUUUUUUGGGAGCAUGCUUUUGCAAGUAGUUUGCCGCCCCACCUGCCCAUAUGGACGGCACGCGUCAAGUAGGCCUCGAAUUUCUUGCAAUUGAGAAAUAUAAGUAUCGGGGGUGCUCGGAGGGGGUCUCCCCCGGGGGGGUUCAAUGUAGAACCGCCACUGGUUCCCGUCGGCCCCCUGGUGUGCCUGCUGAACGGCCGGCACGGGGCCACGCCUGCAUGGUCAAUCUAAACCUAUCCGCGAAUAGCAAGUCAACCGGGAUGUUUCUGUAUUGUAGAAGGAGCGAUGCCACCAAGGACAUUAUUGACUAGGACCAGUUACCUAUGCACAAAUGGCCAAUAGUUUGGUUACUGAGGAAAACUAUUAUUUCCAAUUGAAGUACCAGAAUUCUUGUUUACUUUUUUUAUCCAAGUUUUAUCCACAUUCACAUUUAUUUAGCCAAAUACUAUGUUAUGAAGCAAUGCAUUUACAAUGAAAUGUAUAGCUAUACAAGGUCUUUAGUAUCUCCUGCAAUUAAACUGUGUUAUUAUUUUUGAAGUUAACUCUAUGGUUUAUUUUAGCCAUUUUUAUUUUUGUUAAUCUGUGAAGAUGGCUCGCCAAAGACUAUAUGGGCUUGUUGCAUGUGUUGUUGAUGUGGCCAUAUUUGGAUGUUCCUAGAGCAACUGUACCUUCAACGUUAGAUGUUAAACCUGAAGGUGUGUGUGUGUGUGUGUGUGUGUGUGUGUGUGUGUGUGUGUGUGUGUGUGUGUGUGUGUGUGUGUGUGUGUGUGUGGUUUUAAGACGUGACUAAGCAGCUAUUAAGUAUAAACACAAGUGCCUUAUUUUCAAUGUAGAGAGUGAAAACCGUUGUACUUCAUAUAUAUAGACAAAGCACAUGUCUAUCACAGAUGCUUGUAUCAGAUACAUGAUUGUUUCCAAAAUGUAAGUAAGCGAUGACAUAAAGCAUACAAACAAAGGAAUGAUCUCACAGCAGUAUUAUUCAGAAGAACCCGUUCACACUCCACAAAGGUUAGCCAGCUUAUGACGUCCCUUUCCAACUGGUUAAGAUUGUUCCUAUGAUAAGUGCUGCCACACUGAAUUGACAUAUACUACACCUUGAUGUCAUCAUAGCGUAACACUCUGGUCCCUCCGGACGGGGCACCACAGGGUUGCCCCGCCGUGGGAGUCCGGAUGGGGCACCACAGUGUGGCCCUGCCGUGGGGGUCCGGAUGGGGCACAACAGUAGGGGUCCGGAUGGGGCACCCCAGCGUGACCCUGCCAUGGGGGUCUGCUCCACGUCUUGUGCUCUCCUCCUGUAUGAUGUCAAAAUGUACAACUCUUGUUUCUUCUGCCUUAAUGUCCAGCAAAGUGUUGACCGGUGAUUGGCUGAGUGCCUGCUGAUGUAACGAGGCAUGGUUUAAUAAAAAUGUUGUCAUCGACAAAUGCG